AUGCAGAGCAGAGGGAAAUACAGAUGUAUCGGCGAUCGAGCAUCUUAUGGGGCAUCGAGGAAAAGAGCCAGUUUCCAAGGCAGAGCGAGGGGGCUAGCUCGCCUGCGCUGGGCCCGACCAUCGCAAGCUAAAACCGCCCUGUCGCCCCUGUCCAUUGCGACAUUGGACAUUCUAGCGCCGACAGCCAUGCCAACGGCUGCGAGACGCUCCUUGCACCCGCUCGACGCCUCCGCGCAUCACGCCGGCCGUGCGUGCGUGUGUGGGUGGUGCGUGGGUGAGGGAGAGAGGACGAGCGAAGGCGUAUGUGUGUGCGCAAGUAGCAUGUGCGCGUGUGCGUGUGCAGUGACAACGACGAGACGACGACGACUCUGGGGGGCAGGUGACCCGGCGACGACAGCAAGAGUACCAAUCUCAAUCUUGUCGAGCAGGCAGAGCACAGGCGGCACGGACGGCACCCGUAUCCGACAGAGGCUUUGGGAGUUGGUGAUCGGCCACUGGAGCAGCGUUUGGGUGCAGGCGUGCAGAGAGGUGGGAGUGCUAGAGCAUGUCGAAAAGGGUAGGUGGGGAGAGGGAGGCUCGCGGAAGGAGCAUCAUGGUUCGCCGGAAACAGUGAUUGUCGCGGCCCAGACCUCGAGUAUUUGCCUCGUCCGCCCAUCUCUCCCUCUCUCUGCCUCGCCUGUCCGCCGCCAGACCGCCAGACCGCCAGUUCGUCACGCAGGGAACGUCACCCGCCAAUCCAAAAUGCCCCUCCUCGUCCCCUCGUCCCCUCCCCCACCUAUCCCUGCCGCCACCACUGCUGCUCUCUUCGGCCCGCUCUCAUCUGCUGCACAUCCUCGCCCUGUCCUGCUCUGCCCUGCUCUGCCCUGCCCUGCCCUGCCCUGCCCUGCCCUGCCCUGCCUGCCCCCCUAG